UCACUCUUUCAUCAAUUCAAAUAUACUUUGAGACAUGCUCUAUUUAAUAAUGUACAUCUUUGAAUAAUAGUCUUUCUCCCCUCGAAUCUCAACCAUUAUAGGGGCUCGAAGUCUAAAAAUUGGUGUGCACAUACUCCAUCAGGAAUGUUGGGCAGUGGCAUUACCCGCACUCCAAUUACUUGAAUGGAAACAGAGUUAUGAUGGACGCUAUCUAUUUUUUGCUCUGAGCUUCAUAACUUAAAAAGGCUGUCCUGUUUCUAAUUAAAUACAUAAUUAAUUCUGAAUAUUUUUACAUGAAACUAAACCCCAGUCUAUGAUCUUUCUUCACCGAAAAGAUAAGUUCAUUUGCCCGGAUAUUGGGAUUUCCAGGUCCUGGACACUAGCACGAUGACCAUGAGUGUGUCAUUUCUCUCUAGUACAACAUUCGACUCUGAAGCCUGCAGGCAAAAAUGUCAAGCUAUGGAAAAAGUUUCUCUGAAAGUUUCAGAUCAAUUCAUUGGAUUAUCAUUGAGUUAUGGGUCUUCAAAAGACAAUCGAUGUAUUUUUCCACACCGACGGUUACAAUAAAUGACCAUGCUUCUUGAAUGGAUCGGCAUAGUUCCUCGAAAUUUGUAUGACAGAUAACUAGAAGUGAGAGCUACAUAACAAACCUCGAAAUCGGGCGAAUUUUUUAUGACCCGAACAUUGCUUAGGCCUGCCCGGUCCGGCUCGAGCCCAAAAAAUAUUUCGUUUACAAAGAUUUUUUUUCUCAAUGGAGAGCUAGUGCAUAUUUUUUGUCUUUUAGAAAAAAGUAAUGACCGGAACGGGGGUAACGCGGAAACUUUUCCCCUAUCUUCCCUCAGGAAUGAGUCAAAUCUCAAAAAACCUAUGUCAAAAAAGGAUAAAAUCGUCGGGCCGAGUGGUUUGUUUCGAGGCCUGCUAUAUAAUGAUGGGUCUACCUAUCCACAACGUCCUUCCCUUUCCAGAUUUAUGAAACUCAAAGCAAAAAUAGAUACUGUCCAUCACAACUCUGUUUCCAUUCAAGUAAUUGGAGUGCAGGUAAUACCGUUGCCCCACAUUCUUGAUGGAGUAUGUACAUACAAAUUUUCAGACCUCUAGUCCUUAUAAUGGUUGAGAUCCGAGGAAGAGGAAUGAUUGUUGCCCAGGAAUGUAAAAAGUUUUGUUACGAGCUUUAAGUAGAGUGGAAUAAUCAAUGUUGAAACAUUGGCAUCGAUGAGAAAAUCCAUUUUUUGACCAAAUUAAAUCACUUCUUAAGCACACUCAGUAGAUAUUCUAAAUCUGUAUAUCGUCUAGUACUGAUCAUUGAAGAAAUCUUUUAUUUAGAAUAUUUGAUUUAUGAGGAAAACAAAUAACAGAUUUUUCUAAACUAAUUUUCGGAAUGGCUAAGCGCAAUAAAAUGCACGUGCGCUAAUUCAAAUUCGCUCAAACGGCGCCAGGAUGUUCUAUUCCCAAACUUCUAUUUUUUUCACACUUCAAAGCAUUUCUAUUAAAAUUCAAUGAUAUAUUUGGAAUCAUCGGAUGAAAACUACAUCAGACAAUCUAUAACACAAGACAUUUUCUAAUCAAAAAAUUUUCUCGAAAAAAAUAUAGGGAAGGAUCUUCUCAGGUAGUUUUUCGCUAAAAAACUCUUGAUUUUCUUAAAAGUGAUAUAUAGUCACUUCUAAGUAAAAGAAAGUCAUUUCUGAGAACGAAAGUUACCAUGCCAAAAAAAAUGCACACUGUGCAAUAGUAUCUAACCCAAUACAAAUUCCAGGACAAAGAAUACGAUCAGUCAUGAGUAUUCCUCACAAAAAGACAUAUGUGUUUGAUUCAAUUGAUGAUUUUUAUUAUCAAUAUCUUUGAGUCUAUGCACCGGACUGAAUCGAUUUUACUUCGGCCUAUGGGAAGUUUUAUUCAGCACAACGAAUCAAUGUCCAUGGACCCAUUUACAAUCGCCCGAGAUAAAAAAAAAUAAAACUCAUCUGAGGUUUUUCAAAACUUGUAAAAUAUUUUUUUCAAAAAAAAAAAAUAAACCAUUUUUUUUCUAAAGCACUUACACACGCUGAACCAAUUCUUCAUCCUCAAUCUGAUACAACAGUACAAACAGUGACAUCUUUAAAUCAAGUCUCAUCUCAACAACAGUCAUUUACCGUUUCAUCUACAACUCGAAGUACAAACAAAGAAGAUAAUCAUCAUAUAUUGUCAGUAAAUGAUCGUCCACCAUCAUUUUCUAAUAUAACAAAUUCUCAACAUUCUAUCUGUUGUGCUGAAUGUCCAUCACAAUCAACAAAUAUUCUAAAUUCAACAUCAAACACAACAUUAUCUCAUUUACAUUUUCAAAAUCGAAUAGAUGUUGAUUGUGAAACUGAAUCUAAUCAUGAUACAGCAUUAACAUUAUCAUGUGCUGGUGGUCAUGAAGAACUUGUUACAUUACUUUUACAACGUGGUGCAAAUAUUGAACAUCGUGAUAAGAAAGGUUUUACACCUUUGAUACUUGCUGCUACUGCUGGUCAUGCUAAUAUUGUAGCACGAUUACUUGAAAAUGGUGCCAAUAUUGAAGCGCAAUCAGAAAGAACAAAAGAUACUGCAUUAUCAUUAGCAUGUAGUGGUGGACGACAAGAAGUUGUUGAAGUUUUAUUGAAGAAAGGAGCUAAUCGUGAACAUAGAAAUGUUUCAGAUUAUACUGCUUUGAGUCUUGCUGCUUCGGGUGGAUAUGUGAAUAUAAUAAGAUUAUUAUUAAAUUAUGGUGCAGAGAUUAAUUCAAGAACUGGUAGUAAAUUAGGAAUAACUCCAUUAAUGCUUGCUUCAAUGAAUGGACAUGUAGCUGCUGUUAAACUUCUAUUAGAUAUGGGCUCUGAUAUAAAUGCUCAGAUUGAAACAAAUCGCAAUACAGCAUUAACAUUAGCUUGUUUUCAAGGACGAGCUGAAGUUGUUUCAUUAUUAGUUGAUCGAAAAGCAAAUAUUGAACAUCGAGCAAAAACAGGUUUAACACCUCUUAUGGAAUCUGCAUCGGGUGGUUAUGUUGAUGUUGGUCGAGUUCUAUUAGAACGAGGCGCUGAUGUUAAUGCACCACCAGUACCAACAUCAAAAGAUACUGCUCUAACAAUUGCUGCUGAUAAAGGUCAUCAUAAAUUUGUUGAAUUACUUCUUCUUUAUGGUGCCACAAUUGAUGUUCGAAAUAAAAAAGGUGCGACACCAUUAUGGCUUGCUUGUAAUAAUGGUCAUUUAGAAGUUGUUCAAUUACUUGUAACACGUUUUGCUAAUCCAGAUUCAAGUGAUUCACGAAAAGUUUCUUGUCUUAUGGCUGCUUUUCGUAAAGGACAUUGUAAAGUAGUUAAAUAUUUAGUUCGUCAAGUUCGACAAUUUCCAUCAGAUGCUGAUUGUCGUCGUUUAAUAAGUACAAUAACUGAUAAAGUAAAACAAAAAAAAAA